CGGCGCGCGGGCAGCCGCGGCGGGGUCCUUGGCGAGGUGACAUUCGGACCCGCCGGCGGCAACAUGGCGCAGGGGCUGGUGCAGCGCCUCGCCACCCGCGGGCCGCAGCUCCUCAGCGCCGCCGUGGCCUACUCGAAACCGCGCUUGGCCACCUUUUGGUAUUACGCUAAAGUGGAGCUGGCCCCACCGACCCCUGCCGAGAUCCCCCGGGCCAUCGACAGCAUGAAGGCCAUGGUCAGGAGCUUCCAGAGCGGCCGCCUGGCCCAGCUCACCGUCAGGGAAGCACUGAGGAACGGUCUGGUGGCCACAGAGGUGCUGAUGUGGUUUUACAUCGGGGAGAUCAUAGGCAAGGGUGGCCUGAUCGGGUACAACGUCUGAAGGCUCCUGCUCAGCCAUAGUGUCUGCGGGGCUGCGCCUGUAACGGGGGUUGUGACAAUAAAACUGGGAACCCA